AGUUAAAUGAGUUAGAUUAGGAUUUUUGAAGACUUAUUUAAAUAACAAUGUUGAGUGUCAUUAAAUUUUGAAUUAAAAUGAGAUUUAAGUUGAUUAAUUUUUGUAAAAUAAAUAUUCAAGAUGGAUAAUCAAAAGCAUAAGGUUAUAUUAAAUAUGUAUGAUUUGUCAUAAGGAAUGGCCAAACAAUUCUCUCCUAUGUUUUUAGGAAAAUAGAUAGAAGCAAUUUGGCAUACUGGAAUUGUAGUUUAUGGAAAAGAAUAUUAUUUUGGAGGAGGCAUAUGUGCAUAACCUCCAAAAUCAACUAUAUAUGGAUAUCCAAUAGAAGAAAGAGAAUUAGGAGAAACAGAUAAACCACAACAUGAAUUUGAAUCUUUCUUAAGAGAUAUAAGUUUUAAUUAUACAAUGGAAAAAUAUGAUUUGUUUACCAAUAACUGCAAUAAUUUUACAAAUGAAUGUGCACUUUAUUUAGUUGGAAAAGGUAUUCCUGAAAAUAUUAUAGGUAAUCUCUAUGUUCUCUAUCCAAAUUAGGAUUGCCAAAAGAGUUUUUAAAUACUCAAUUAGGAUAAAUGCUUAAACCAAUAAUAGUGUAAAUUACUAAUAGGUAGAGUGAAGCUUAAACUGAGAAUUUUAAUGAACCCUAACCUUAACAAUAACCAUCAUAAAGUUUUCAAAAUAUGAAUUCUUAAUAAGUUAACUAAAUGCAACCCUAACCAUAAUAACCAGUUCUUUUAAACUUAAAGGUUUAGCCAAGCCAUCAAUCACAAUAACAUUAAUAAAUAGCAAUUUCGAAUCAACAAUAAUAAAUAACAAAUACAAAUGUAGCAUCGAUCGAAGAUUGGGAUAUGUUUUUUUGUUUAAUAGAAAGCAGUCCAUAAUGUAUUAUUAACUUUUAUACUGAUUCUGAGGAUUGUAAAACUAUUAAACAAUAAUUUCAUAAAUUAUCUCUAAACCUCUGUAACAUCAAUUUUUAUGAUGUGAAUUGUUAAAAGGUAAGCAAUCAAUCUAUAAUUUAUUAAGGCCAGAAUUAUAGCAGAUUCUCUAUAAAUUAAUGAAUUUCCGACAUUUAUCUUCUAUGAAUAUGGACAAGUGAAGGAGAGAUGGACAAGUAAUAACUAAAACACAUUAAUAGAUAAUAUAUAAUAAUAAUUAAAAUGA